AUGGAGUAUACCGCCCACCAGCAAUACGUUUCGCCACCCACCCAGGAUUCGGACUCCACCGAUAGUAUCAUGGGCGAACUCGUUUAUCCUUCGCCUCCUUCGGCAUCCUCUCCUCCUUCUGAGUCUCCUCCAGAUUCUACUUCUACCCAGCAAGGUCAUCGUUCUCCUCACCAUGCCUCGGUCCAAAACUCCGAGUCGUAUAUCCAGCCCGAUUACGAGUACUACGACACGUUCGUACAUCCAUCCUCGGCGCUUUCCGGGCCACGCCAGGAUUUCACCCAGUCGGCGCCACAACCGGUUCCUAAUCAUGACUCUCAGUCCACCGACACUUUCUUCCAUCCUCAGCCAUGGUUUGACACCAUGCAUGCCGCGUCUCCAUCCCAGCAUGCCGAAGUGGCAGGCCCCUCGCCGAGUUAUAACUCGGGGACGACUGACGCAGACACUCAUACGUUCGAUAAUCUCGCCUCUGUACUCUUCUCAGCAAGCAAACUCCCUGCGCCCGUGACUUCUACGCAGAGACCACAGCUCAGCAUCGUCGUACCGGACUCAUCCGAGUGCGCCCAGCAUAACUUCCACCAGCCGCCAACCACCGUCGAGUGGUCCCCCUUAGACUUGCCGUCGUCAUUCAUGCCGAACUGGGCUUACGCCGCGCCACUUCCUUCAGCCAUGGAGCCUGAGAGCUACUGCGACCCCUACAACUCUGCGACGUCGUCGGCGCCGAUGUCUGCGACGUACCCUGCCUCAUCGGGAUCUUAUGACGCGAGUUUCGCCUUGUCGUCGACGUCGACGGAGGGACCAGCGUCGUCCUCACCGGAGCUGUUUAUGCCAACACCUCAGAGGCGUUCACCGCCGAAGUUUCUGUCUAUGAGCGAUGAUACACCCACACAACCACCACCUUCGUCUCUGUCUCAGACGUCGCAUCUCAUGGACAUCUCACGCGCCCACACCUCUUCAAAUUCGAACUCCGUCACAGCGUCAGAUCAGAGCCUUCUCAACGGCUGCACGAUCAGUGCCAACCCUGUCCCUCAGAACUACGGCUCGGACUCACCCUCGGGGACGUCACCGAUAUCUAAUCCUGGGUCUACCAACUUCGGAUUUUCUCAUGCCGUAUCCGGAACAGGACUUUCUUCUCCUCCUUCGUUAUCUCAGGUCUCUCAAGCUUCACCUUCCGCCGCGGACAUCGGCUCGUCAUCGGACCCCUUGGACCAACCUUUCGUCUUUCCCAGCAGUCAGGAUACUCAGGCCUCGAGUUCAUACCCGUCCGACCAACCAUUCAUCUUUCCGAGUAGCCAGGCCUCCUCGGACUCGUUCUAUACAUCUUCUCACUCAGACGCCGGUUCACCAGAGAUUCCUCCAUACUCCGAGGCCAAGGUCCAAGCUCAAGCUUCAACAUACACCGACUCAGAUUCCCAUGUCAUGUCCGACUCGAACGGAAUACACUCUCGUCGUCCCUCGAUCGACGUUGUGUCACUGCCUUCGCCCGCUCUUCCCGCGCCCGGUCCCUCCCGUAUCUCAGACAUGCCACUGACGGCGAUGGACUUGAUCAGUCGGAAGAGACGUGGGAUGCUGAAGAAGCCGCCGAAGAUGCAUCAAUGUUAUUUCUGCAAAAAGACAUUCCCGAGGCCGAGCGGGAGGGACACGCAUAUGAACACGCAUACUGGAGCUAAACCGUUCGAGUGCCCGGUCGACGGAUGCGAUAAAUCGUUCGCUGUGCGUUCGAACGCGAAGCGUCACCUACGCACGCACGGACUGCCAGAUUUCCCAGAGACGACGCCGAUACCGCGCAAGAACUGCAAGACAGAUGCAUUCUCUGCUCUGUUCAGGUCCAAGUCGAAGGAGAUCUCUGGCUCGCCUGGAUUGUCGAUGGAGGACGAAGACGACGUCGCGUCACCUUUUGCCACCGAAACUGCCUCAUCACCGCCGAGAGCGAUCGAGGGUCCUCCGUUGAGGACGCGGAAACGGACGUUGUUGACCUCGCCUCUGACGAUCCGAACCGGCUCUUCAUCCCCAUCACCGAUGAUCUCUCGUCUCGCCACCUCCACUUCCGCCUCCGAUUCCAAGCACGGCCUCCCAGCGCUCAAGUCGGAGCAAAAUGAUCCCGAGUCUCCGUCUGCCGCCUCGAAUUUCCCGCCUUUGAGCCAGUGGCCGAGCCCGUUUGGGGUGGUGAAGAAUGUGAGGGAUGCGGGUCAUCAUUUUGGGAAGUUGUUUGGGACGUCGAGGUCGACUCGGACUCGCACAGGGUCCGUAGGGACGUUGUUGGGGAGGACGUCUGCGAGUACGCGGAUGCGGAUGAGGAGUCGAAGUCGGUCGGAUGAGGAUUUGAAGCGGAGGAGUGGUGUGUCGAAUGGGGAGAAUGGCGAGCUUGAGGGUGUGUUGACGGUCACUGCAACGGCGACGGCAUGGAUUCCCAAGAGUCUGGCGGGAUGGAGUAAUGCGGAGUGGUUGAAGACUGGCGGACAGUAUGCAGAGAAGAUGACGAGGGAGGAGUGUGGAACAUAUUGUGGGAUGGGCGAGUAUGACUGGAGCGUUGGGUUCGGGAUGAGGGUUGUGAGGGACGGAGAGGAUGAGGAGAGUGCUGAUGAGGAAGAGAGUGUUCCGAGAGGAAUGGAGGUGGAUGGGGAGCAUGGUCAGGACUUCGCCGUGAAUUGUUCCUAUCAUCCUACUCAGUGGAAAGGCCGUAUGCCUGGGCCUGUUCCGGGAUUCUGGGCCUACAACUGA